AUAUAUUCGAUUAAGCUAUUUAUAUUUAAUAAGUAACACUUAUAAAACAUUUCUAAAACAUACAUGGCGAAAUAUAAUUUUUUUUUUUUUUUUUGCGAAAUACAAAUAUUUCUAUGAUCACACUUAUAAAACAUUUCUAAAUCCUUCAAACAUUUCUAAAAUAUAUCGCUCCAAAUACAAAAUUUUAUUUUUUUCAAAUAUAAAUAUUUCUAAAAUUUACAGAUAGACUGGGCCAGGGUCGCGCAUUGCGCGACCAGACAUCACUAGUACUAGAUAGAGAGGAUUAGGAAAAAUAGUUUUCUUUUUAUUGUAAAUAGUUUUUCUUUUUGAAAAACAACAACCAAAAAAAAAAAAAAAGACUAUUUAAUUUGAAGAAAAGGGCAUAAUAGACAAAGUGCAGAAAUUAAUACAAACAAAGGCAAUGCUCCGUUCCGUCCGCCAACCACCUCCACUGUUCACCGCGCUUCCCGUCGUCAUUGCUACACUUUUCACCACUACGACCUGUUGGGCCCCACCUGUCGGGAAAUUCAAGUCGCCGUCGCCGUCGUCCUCCUCCGCCAUGACUGUCGGCAGUGCCAACAGCGGUUCUCCGGCAUCACCCGUGCCAGCGCCGGUGGCGAAGAAAGUGAAGCACGAGAUGGAGAUGUUCGGAGACGUUCGAAUCGACAAUUACUAUUGGCUCCGUGACGAUUCUCGCUCCGACCCCGAAGUUCUAUCUCAUCUUCACCAGGAGAAUGCUUACACAGAUUACGUCAUGGCUGGUUCGUUCUUUAGUCCUCGCAUGCGUAACGUGUCUCAAUUUGCUCUUAAUAUUUUUGUAAUGACUGUAUUCCAUUUAAUUUUGAGUUAGUUGUACGUUCUAGCUUUUGUUUAUCAAACUUUGAUUUGCUGAGAUCAAAGUCGAAGCCAAAUUGCAAAGUUAAUCGUCGGUUUAGUGGAACUACGUAUCUCGACUGACUCGUACUUACAUUUAUUGAGGAACUAAGCAAUUGGAAGAUCAGAUCUUUGCUGAGAUAAGAGGGAGAAUCAAGGAGGAUGACAUUUCUGCUCCUAUUAGAAGAGGGCCUUAUUACUAUUACAAAAGGACACUGGAGGGCAAGGAGUAUGCCCAGUACUGUCGCCGUCUUGUACCUGAUGAUGGAAUUCCACCUUCUGUUUAUGAUACUAUGCCAACUGGUCCUGAUGCUCCUCCAGAGCACAUCAUACUUGAUGAGAAUAUCAAAGCCCAACCUCAUUCCUAUUACAGUAUUGGUGCUUUUAAGGUUAGUCCCAAUAACAAGCUAGUAGCAUAUGCAGAAGACACAAAGGGGGACGAAAUUUAUACUGUUUAUGUCAUUGAUGCUGAAUCUGGAGCAACUGUUGGAAAGACUUUAAGUGGCACUACAUCAUAUGUCGAAUGGGCAGGUGAUGAAGCAUUGGUAUACAUUACCAUGGAUGAAAUCCUUCGGCCAGAUAAGGUUUGGUUACACAAAUUAGGAACCGAGCAGUCGAGCGACACAUGUCUAUAUCAGGAAAAGGAUGACAUGUUCUCUCUGGAUCUUGAAGCAUCUGAGAGCAAAAAAUUUUUGUUUGUAGCAUCUGAGAGCAAAAUUACGAGAUUUGUGUUUUACCUGGAUACCUCAAAACCUGAAAUUGGGCUAACUAAUUUGACCCCACGUGUUGUCGGUAUUGAUACAUCAGUUAGCCACCGAGGGAAUCAUUUCUUUAUUAAGAGAAGAAGUGACGAAUGUUUUAAUUCAGAACUCCUUGCAUGCCCAAUUGAUGAUGCAUCCGCAACCACAGUUAUUUUACCCCACAGGCCAAGCGUAAAGAUUCAGGACAUUCAACUUUUCACAGAUCACCUUGUUGUGCAUGAGCGUGAAGGUGGUCUUCAAAAGAUAACUGCAUAUCGCCUUCCUGAGGUUGGACAGCCACUUGAAAGGCUUCAAGGUGGUCGAUCCGUUGAUUUCCAGGAUCCUGUAUAUUCUUUGGAUCCUGCAGAAUCCCAAUUUUCAUCCGCAAUUUUAAGGUUUUCUUAUAGCUCAUUGAGGACACCGCUCUCUGUCUUUGACUACGACAUGAACUCUGGAGUUUCUGUUUUAAAGAAGAUUGAAACGGUUUUAGGGGGUUUUGAUGCAUCAGAGUAUGUAACUGAAAGGCAAUGGGCUAUUGCAUCAGAUGGCACUCAAAUUCCCUUAUCAAUUAUUUACAAAAAGAAUUCUGUGAAGCUUGAUGGGUCUGAUCCGCUGUUGCUUUAUGGUUAUGGUUCCUAUGAGAUAUGUGUAGAUCCAAGCUUCAAGGCAUCACGAUUGUCUUUGUUAGACAGGGGUUUUAUAUUCGUAAUAGCCCAUAUUCGUGGAGGGGGUGAAAUGGGGAGGCAGUGGUAUGAAAAUGGAAAGCUUUUGCACAAGAAGAAUACAUUUACAGAUUUCAUAGCCAGUGCAGAGUUUUUGAUAGAGAAAAAAUAUUGCACCAAAGAGAAAUUAUGUAUCAAUGGAAGAAGUGCCGGUGGCUUGCUAAUGGGAGCAGUCCUUAACAUGCGUCCAGAUUUGUUCAAGGCUGUUGUUGCUGGAGUUCCAUUUGUUGAUGUUUUGACCACUAUGCUCGACCCGACUAUCCCUUUAACGACUUCAGAAUGGGAGGAAUGGGGUGAUCCUCGGAAAGAGGAGUUCUAUUUCUACAUGAAGUCAUAUUCCCCUGUUGAUAAUGUUAAGGCUCAAAACUAUCCAGCUAUUCUUGUCACUGCUGGUUUGAAUGAUCCGCGUGUUAUGUACUCGGAACCGGCCAAAUUUGUAGCAAAACUAAGAGAGCUGAAAACUAAUGAUAAUCUUCUAUUGUUCAAAUGCGAGCUGGGUGCAGGACACUUUUCAAAGUCUGGAAGGUUUGAAAAGCUCCAGGAAGAUGCCUUCACAUAUGCAUUCUUGCUAAAAGCUUUGGACAUGGUACCUACCACUCCUGCACAGAGCCAAUUAUAGUCCACACUUGAAUCAAUCUCAUUUUGCUGUUAUUAUUCAUCAGAGGUUGACAUUGGUGUCUAUCUGAGAAUUUUCAUUCUUCUUGGAACUUGUUAUUCCAUUGUAGACAAAUAAAAAUAUUUCCUUGUGUUGAUUCAUAUAUGAACUUAAUCAGUUUUAAGUUGAUCGAGGGUUAAUUUACCAGAACAUACGGGUAGAGAGAAAACAAUAUACAGGUAACCUUAUAAAAGUGUUCCAUUCUUUUAUUAACUUCCAUCAUAUAAAAUUUAUUCAC